GGGGUAGUUAUAGUGAUGCAGCAGCCACUACUUGUUUUUCACUUCAUAUUGAUGUUCGUCCUAAAUUUGAAAACACUGAAACAACCAAAUGGUUGAUAUGAGGCUAGUUCCUGCAAAAAAAACCUAAGCUAACAGCAGAUAAAAUAUAUCAUUUUCUCUAAAACAAUAAUCUCACUAUCAUCUUUUGUUUUUAGUUGAAAGUAAGUCAAGAGACUUCAUAUAGUGCGAUGCCCUUUACUUCGUUUUUAUUGUUUUUCAGUGCCUGGCUAUACAUCAGAAAUAGUGAGUGGAUUCGGGAUUGAAUUUCCAGUUCCAGAUUAAUUAACAACAAGGAAGACCAGCUAAAAAGAGCCAGGUUUCAUUGUCAUGGAUAAUAGCAAGACCUCAUCCUCUUCAGUAAAUGGUCCUCAAGAACCUUCUAAUCAUGAUGAACUUUUCAUGAAGCAGAGCUUGCUCUUUUCUGAUACUCUCAAGGACUUGAAGAACCUUAGGAAGCAGUUAUACUCAGCAGCCGAUUAUUUUGAAUUAGCUUACUACAAAGAGGACCAAAAACAAAUAGUGGUUGAGACCUUGAAAGAUUAUGCCAUCAAAGCUUUGGUCAGUACUGUUGACCACUUGGGUUCUGUAGCAUACAAAGUUAACAAAUUUUUAGAUCAAGAGAUUGGUGAAGUUUCAGAAAUGGAGCUUCGUUUCUUUUGCACCGAACAGAGACUGGAAGCAUGCCAAGAAUAUAUCAACCAAGGUGGCCUUUCACAACAGUCAUUGGCAAUAAAAACUCCAAAGCACCAAAAGCGGUACAUUUUUCCAGUUGAUGAGGAGAACAUGGAUGCACAUAGCCAUACUAAAUCAAAGUAUCACAGUAGAAGCUUUAGUACUGAACACAACUUGCUUGAUUUAAAAAAUGCUGUUCAAGCAACAAUCAAAGGAGCUCCUUCUUCCUUGAGAGAAAGGCAUUCUAAAUCACAGUCUCCACAAUUCUACUCAAGACAAGGAGCAUUUACGAUCACAAGGACUUCAACCAACAACAAACCUGAAAGAAGAUCAUCCUCUCCGCAACACUUUCCGCUCAUACGUUCUGGAUCUCUUCUCAAGGGACCAGUAUCUUCAAAUUAUACUAAUGCACGACGAAGGUAUCCAUCUGAGCCUCGGAGAUCAGUUUCGUUGUCCAUGUAUUCGGAAAGAGACAAGACAAAAGAUAGCGAUCAGCAAUAUUCUGGCAAGAGCAAACGCCUGUUUAAGGCCUUGCUCCGCAUGCGCAAGUCUAGAAAGGAAGGCUCCCUGUAUAAAUAUUUGGAUGAGAUUUGAAACAGCAAAACAAAUGGAGAUCAUGCAUGAUAGGAAACAACAGACAGACUAUCUGUACUUUCUGGUUGAUAAUUUGUACUCUCUCUGUUUUAAGAUUCAGUUUCUUAAUGUAGGAGAUUUCAAUAUAUGCCCCCUUAUUCAUAA